AUGGGUGUGUUGAGUAGUUUCCAGCAGCUUGACGAAAGCUUUGUCAAGUUCUGGAACGAUUUACCAGAAAAGAAAAUGGGAGAAGACAAAGGAAUGGGGCUUAAAAUUGCAAAGGUUUCGAGGAUGAGAGAUGAAGCUUUCUCUCCGGAUCUGGUUGUGUUAAUGGGUAGGAAAUGCCUCUUUUUAUGGGCGCUAGAAGCUCCUUCUUCUCAAGAAACCCUAGAUGGUUCCUCCCUAAUUUGCCAAGUCUCUCCCUCCCUUUCUCUUCUCUUCCUUUGA